AGCAGCUGACCCUUAAUAACGUAUCUUUUUGAAAUCGGUCCAGUGACUGUUGCAUUUUCUUUCCUGACAAUGGAGCGUUUUUUGUGGGAUACGUUCUUACAUCAACUUUUAUUGGAUCUACCUUACAGUUAAUUCGACUGCCAGACAUUUUGUUGUGCACUUGGCAAUUACUAACAGCUAGAUCGGAAGUGGAAAGGAUGUCAAUAAGAAGAGCCGUUAUAUGGGACUUCAGCUUUGGAAUAGAAUACUCGCAUUCUUUACUUAUUUUCUUCAUCGUAGAGUUCUAUAGUUUGGAAUGUCCUAUCAUAUCAUUAACUGGUGUGGCUUAUUUUUUCAUUAAAUACCAGGUGGAUCGCUACAACAUAUAUUUUGCUUACAGUCCGUCUCGUAUCAGCCAGAAAGUGCACAUCUUGGCCGUUAAGUUUGUAAUGUUAACUAUAUCAUUCAAGUAUAUUGGUUUCUUUUUCUUGAUACUCGUACGAGGAGAUUGGAUAACAGUGACUUACGCAGCGAAUGCACUCAUGUGGAUCAGCAUUAUCAUUUUCAUCAUUGCCUUUGAUCCUUGCAACUGGAAGCAUAUUUGUAUGGUCGAUCUGAUAUUCCGCCCAAAGAAAAAAAGAGAAUAUAGAAUAGUGCAUCGGAAUAUAGAGCAAAGAGAGGUCUAUCAACCCAUGGCACUUAGAAAGUAUUUGCCCUAUAUCAGUAGCUUAGACAAAUACAACAAUCCCAUUCAACCUCGGAAAAGAAUCAGAAGUUUGGCAGAGGCUCUGGUCAGAGAUAUUGAGGGCCUAGAAGAUUCAAGCUCUGAGAAAGAAAGUGACCACCCUUGAUCUACACUGGACAAUCUGGAUGUAUUUUAUUUUCUUACAUCAGUGUCUUCUGUAUACAGCAGAACAUCUAAUUGACAGUAGUUUAAGAUGAACGAACUGGACAAAUAUUGAACAAUUUUCCCUUCAAUGGUUGUCCUUUAUUCUAUAAUAAUAAUAAAAAAAUUCUAGUUUGUAUGACAAUUAUUAUGAAUAUUAUAUUCA